AUGAAGUUCCUGCCAUCUGAAAAACUAACGGAGAACGUUCAUGGCUAUAUUAUUUUCAACUUGAAUUCAGAGGUCGACCGUGAUGCGCUACAGAAAGUCUUUGGUCAGUUCGGUAAUCUUGUCGAGAUCCAAAUCCGAAAGGACGAUGAAAUUAAGGCUGCAGUCAUAUACAGCUCACAACCCUCUGACCAACUAUUUACUCAAUCGAUUUAUAUCCAUGGUCGUCUUAUUUCUGUUCGACCUUUGUCUAUGGCCGAAUACAUUCGCGGUUGUAGUCAACCUGUUCAUGCUGACAAGCUCUCUCUCGGUGGUUUAAACUCUCCACAAGUGUUUAUUGAAGAAUGGAGUACAGAUCAAUAUGUACUCUUCGAUCUCAAUUUAAAUGAAAACUAUAUGGAUAUCUUUUUCGCUCAUAUCGAUGCCUAUUAUCGUGUUCGGAUUGUGUAUGAUAAUGAGUUAAAGAACUCGCUGAUGUUACAGCGCUAUCAUAAUAUCACAUCCUUAACUAUCAGCGGUAAAUAUCCGGCCUACUUCUGGCGAUCCAAAGUGCCUGUGCAGAGGAUAGAAAAUCUUAAUCUUUACUAUUUGUCAAAGUGGGAGAGGAUAACAGAGAUUCCGAUGGAUGAUUUUUCCAGAGAUAUGAUCCGACAUAAGACGACAACGAAUCCCAAAUGGAAGAAAGAGCCUGUCACUCCAGACGGACAAUUUCCUGAAUACUUGAUGAAACUUAACAUGUGGACUGUGUACCGCUUAGAAUUCCAAAUACCCUUCAGCCAUUCAUCAAACCAUCUCGGGGAACAUUGUUUAACUCACGAGAUGUUGGAACGAAAAUUGAGCUUGGCUGCUGGAGUAUCCAUAGGGGGUGAUCAACAUCAUGCUGAGAUUCUUGUUCGACCCCCUAGCAAAACGCCUCAAGUGGACGCUCAAAUUGCCUCUAUCCCCUCUUUCAACGUGAGAUACAUGCUAGAACAUGCUUUUAAUUUGAAGAUAUUACGCGCAUACAAUGUGUCAACUGAUUUCUUUGAAAAGAUGCGCCAAUUUCCCCCACAAGUCAGUUGUAUGUUUUUAUCCAUUUUAUCGGCGCCUCAACAACGUAUUUACAAUGUGGAUGCGGCCAUCGCGCAAGCGUAUCGAUUAUGUAAAGCACAGAUUGGUUUUCAGCAGCCUUUGCCGGAUGGGUAUGUGCUCCUCAGACGCGUGAUUGUCACACCCACCUCUAUUUAUCCUUUACAGCCAACAGUGGAAAGAAUGACACACUUACAACGUCAGUUUCAACAGCAUGCUGAUCGAUUUCUAAAGGUUUACUUUACUGAUGAAGAUUUAUGCCCAUUGAUUCCUUAUGAAACCCAUAACCAUAACGAAGCCAUGCCUACUGUAGAGUCUCGAAAUAGCAAAAUUUAUGAGCGUAUCUAUACUGUAUUAAGGAGAGGGCUGAGGAUUGCCAAUCGAUUCUACGAAUUUCUUGGCUCAUCACUCACGGAUACACAAAGUCAUAGUUGCUGGUUUUUCGCACCCUUGGAAGAAUGCAAUCGAAAUGAUAUAUUACGUCAAAUGGGUGAUUUCUCCGAGAUUCAAACAGUAGCAAAAUAUGUCAGUUGUACAGGGCAGAGUCAUCAGCCUGCACUACUCAAUCUGGUCAUUGAUUUGAGUGAGAUAGAAGAAAUUGACGAUUUUAUUCGAAACGACUGUAAUUUUAGCAAAGAAUGCGGGAAAAUGUCACCUGAGAUUGCUCGUGAAAUCAGUAAACGUCUCGAUAUGAAUUGUACACCCAGUGUUGUAAAGUUCAAUCUUUGUGGCGCAAAAGGCAUUCUGAUGCUCUCCAAUUAUUUAAAAAAACGUAAAAUACAGCUUAGAAGUAGUCAGAUACAAUUUAAAAGUGAGGAUACGACUUUGGAAGUGAUCAAGGUUUCGAAGCCGAACAAGCUUUUUCUAAAUAACAGAUUUAUUACCAUUUUGUCUUCUAUGGGCAUCAGAAACUACGUUUUCGAUGACCUUUUGGAUGAAGGAAUGGCCUUUGUUGAAAAGCAUAUGAACGUUGAAGGCAAAGAUCAUUUGAAUUUGAUGAUAGAACACUACUCGAAUGGUGGUUUUCAUUCCUUUGAACAAAUUAUUAAAGAAGGGGAUUUUACAGCACGGUGCGAUCCUUUUAUCACGAAUCUAGUCCGUUCAUUUCAAAACCAAUUAUUGAAAGGCUGGAAAGAAGACACGAGACUGUAUGUUCACAAAGGUGUACGAGUAUUUGCUAUUAUGGAUGAAACCAACACGCUGGCGAAAGGAGAGGUAUUCUUACAAAUUACGAGAAACCGAUAUGGCACAGUACUUUCACGUCACGUAAUACAAGGUCCAUGUGUGGUAUUUAGGGAGAAUUCUUGCUUUCCUUCAGAUGUAAGAGUAGUUCAUGCUGUGGAUUACAAAGAGCUACGACAUUAUGUAAAUGUUUUGGUGUAUUCAGUAUACGAUUUAUGUGACCUACCGUCCAUUUGUUCAAAUGAUGCUCCAGAUGACGAUAACUUCAAUAUUAUUUGGGAUAAACGUUUGAUUCCUCCUAAAGUCCAUCUAACAGAUCACAGAAACUAUACAACGGUAGUAUCUCCUAAAAGUCUGAAAAAGAUUUCAUUCACGGAAGCUGCCAAGUUCUUUACAACAUACAUAUCAAAAGAUGUAUCACCCAUUUUGAAAGAAGCCUAUAUAGCGCUCGCAGAUUGGCAUAAAGAAGGCAUAUUCAACGGUGCAUGUAUACAUUUAUCACAGCAAAUCAAUCGUGCUUUAGAUUUUGUCAAAACAGGUGUUUAUGCUAGCUUAAGCGAUGAGUCUCGUCAAUUUCUAUACCCCGACUUUAUGAAGCAAAGUGACUUGAAUUCCUAUACUUCUGAUAAACCCGUCGGCCGCAUAUACCGAAAGGUGAAGGAGUAUCAGUAUCAAAGUCUUGCUUCAGGACAAUGCGUUUAUGAUCCGCGUCUCUACGUUGAUGAUAUGUACAGAUACAUCAAAGAUGCUCGCAAAACCAAAGCAAAAUAUGACCAUAGUCUUCGGUUAUUACUAGCUCAGUUUUCUGUUGAGACAGAAAUUGAAUUCAUAACGGGCCAUAUCAUCCUUUGGCCAAAGUAUCUACCUGAGAAUGAAAAGGACGUGUAUUGUACAAGAAUCCGAUCUGCCUUUCUUAACUUUCGAAAAUACUGGAAAGACGUUUUUGAAUCUGAACUCAACUUGACCUAUGACAAAAAAUUAGAAAACCAACGCGAAGCUAAAGCAGCAGCGUGGUAUUACGUUACUUACCAUCCAUCAGAAUAUACCAAGACAACAACAGCCAUAUACCCGUCUUCUGCAAGCCAUUAUCUAAGCUUUCCCUGGGUUGUAGAUAAAGAAAUAGCACAUAUUGCAAUGAAAAACUCAAAGAGACCUAUCUUGCCAGAGCAUUCACGACCCAUACCACCAGAGAAGAUCGAGCAGCAUAUUGACUCUGUUGCCCUUGUGCUCGACGAUGACGAGGAUGAGGAUUCCUCUUCUGAGGAAGAAGAAGAAGAAGAAGAAGAGGACGAGGAAGGAAAUGAAGGCCUGAAGCAACGAUUUGAAGCUAAUAAUAGCAAACAAGCAUGCUCCUCCUCUCCAUCCUUAUUUAUCACUCGUCAAGAGAGCAUAGAUUCUGAUAGCAGUAGUCAUCCUAGUAGUUCUCCAAGUGAAGAUGACAUAGAUGACGAGCCUGCUAUUGUCAAUAUCAAAUUAGCUGAUCUUAGCUUUUCAGAUUUGUGA